AUGUUUAUUUCUUUGCUCUUUUUCUUGCUUCCCAUUUUUAUUUCUUUGCCGUUUUUCUUGCUUCCCAUUUUUAUUUCAUUGUCCUUUUUCUUGCUUUCAAUUUUUAUUUCAUUGCCCUUGUUCUUGUUUCCCAUUUUUAAUUAUUUGCUUAUUUCCUUUUUCCUUUUUUUUAUUUCAUUGCCCUUUUUCUUGUCUCAAUUUUUUAUUUCUUUGCUUUUUUCUUGCUUCCCAUUUUUAUUUCUUUUGCCCUUUUCUUGUUUCCCAUUUUUAUUUUUUAUUUUGCCCUUUUUUUUCCCUUCCCAUUUUUUAUUUUUUUCCUUUCUUUUCCCAUUUUUUUCUUGUCUCCCAUUUUUAUUUUUUUUGCCAUUUUCUUAUAUCCCAUUUUUAUUUCUUUGCCCUUUUUCUUGCUUCCCAUUUUUAUUUCUUUGCCCUUUUUCUUUUUGCCCUUUUUCUUGUCUCCCAUUUUUAUUUCUUUGCCCUUUUUCUUGUUUACCAUUUCUAUUAGUUUGCCCUUUUUCUUGUCUUCCAUUUUUAUUUCUUUGCCCUUUUUCUUGUUUACCAUUUCUAUUAGUUUGCCCUUUUUCUUGCUUCCCAUUUUUAUUUCUUUGCCCUUUUUCUUGUCUCCCAUUUUUAUUUCUUUGCCCUUUUUCUUAUCUCCCAUUUUUAUUUCUUUGCCCUUUUUCUUGCUUCCCAUUUUUAUUUCUUUGCCCUUUUUCUUGUUUACCAUUUUUAUUUCUUUGCUUUUUUUCUUGCUUCCCAUUUUUAUUUCCUUGCCCUUUUUCUUGUCUCCCAUUUUUAUUUCUUUGCCCUUUUUCUUGUUUACCAUUUCUAUUAGUUUGCCCUUUUUCUUGCUUCCCAUUUUUAUUUCUUUGCCCUUUUUCUUAUCUCCCAUUUUUAUUUCUUUGCCCUUUUUCUUGCUUCACAUUUUUAUUUCUUUGCCCUUUUUCUAGCUUCCCAUUUUUAUUUCUUUGCCCUUUGACUUGUUUACCAUUUUUAUUUCUUUGCUUUUUUUCUUGCUUCCCAUUUUUAUUUCAUUGCCCUUUUUCUUGUCUCCCAUUUUUAUUUCUUUGCCCUUUUUCUUGUCUCCCAUUUUUAUUUCUUUGCUCUUUUUCUUGUUUACCAUUUUUAUUUCUUUGCCCUUUUUCUUGUCUCCCAUUUUUAUUUCUAUGCCCUUUUUCUUGUCUCCCAUUUUUAUUUCUUUGCAACAUAUCUCACUGA